UCUCUCCACCCUCUAUGCACUCCCCUUCCAUCCCCUUCCAUUCACAAAACAAUUACCAAAAGGGAUCUAUCAGCAACCCUACCUCAAUAAUUUGGCUUCUCCGAUAUGGAUUAUUUCAUGAUCCAUCGUCAAUUUUGUUAAGGUUUUCUUAUUUGUUUUUACAAUCCCAUCUCUGUUUACUUGAAUCCUGUGAUUCUUGAUGAUUUUUCUCAAUCGGGUACGUGGGAAAACAAGUGAAAGAUGUCUACGUUCGAGGGUGUCUUUGUUAGUGAUCCAUGGCUUCAGAGCCAAUUUACACAAGUGGAGCUUCGUAAACUUAGAACCAAAUUCAUUUCAGCCAGAAAUCAAUCUGGCACAGUCACAAUAGAGGAUUUGCCUCCAGUUUUGGCAAAAUUAAAGCCCUUCAAUGAGGUAUCAUCCCAGGAAGAUGUUACGCGUAUGCUUAGUGAGUCUUAUCCUAACAUGUCCAAAGAGCUGGAUUUCGAGGCCUUCUGUCGGGUAUAUCUGAAUUUACAAUCACGAGCCAGCGCGAAAUUGGGGACUUCAAAAACGUUCAGAACCACUUCGUCUUUUGUAAAAUCGUCCACAACCACCCUGCGCCACAGCAUUAGUGAGACAGAAAAGGCUUCUUAUGUUACCCACAUUAAUAACUAUCUUGCAGAAGAUAAGUUUUUGAAGGACUAUCUUCCUAUAGACCCUUCCACCAAUGCUUUAUUUGAUCUUGCGAAAGAUGGAGUUCUUUUAUGUAAGCUGAUCAAUGUGGCUGUCCCUGGUACGAUAGAUGAGCGAGCUAUUAACACGAAAAAGGUUCUUAAUCCAUGGGAAAGAAACGAAAAUCACACUCUUUGCCUCAAUUCUGCAAAGGCUAUAGGCUGCACUGUUGUCAACAUUGGCACACAGGACUUGGCUGAAGGAAGACCCCAUCUAUUACUGGGAUUGAUCUCUCAGAUUAUUAAGAUACAACUCCUGUCAUAUGUCGAUGUAAAGAAAACACCUGAGCUGGCGGCAAUGGUUGAAGAUAGCAAGGAAGCAGAAGAGCUCAUGGGUUUGCCACCCGAAAAGGUUCUUUUGAAAUGGAUGAAUUAUCAGUUAAAGAAAUCAGGCUACAAAAAGGAAGUUACAAACUUUUCAUCCGAUGUGAAGGAUGGAGAGGCCUAUGCUCAUUUACUCAGUGUUCUUGCCCCUGAACUUGGUACCGCCAAAACUUUGGAGGUAAAAGAUCCGGUGGAAAGAGCAAACUUGAUUCUUGAGCAAGCAGAGAAAAUGGAUUGCAAAAGAUAUGUUACAUCAAAGGACAUUGUGGAGGGGUCUACAAAUUUAAAUCUUGCAUUUGUUGCUGAAAUUUUCCACAAUAGGAAUGGGCUUAAAUUAGAAAAGACAAAGUGUUCGCUUGCUGAGAUGAUGAGCGAUGAUGAAAGCACAUCGAGGGAAGAAAGAUGUUUCCGAAUGUGGAUCAACAGUCUUGGAGUUGAAACACAUGUUAACAACGUGUGGGAGGAUGUCAGAAAUGGAUGGGUUCUUCUGGAAGUUCUUGACAAACUUGCGCCAGGGUCUGUUACGUGGAAGCAAGCAACAAAACCUCCGAUUAAGAUGCCUUUCAGAAAAGUUGAGAAUUGCAACCAAGUUAUAAGGAUUGGAAAGGAAUUAAACUUCUCUCUUGUCAACGUUGCUGGAGAUGACAUUGUUUCAGGAAACAAGAAGCUUAUAAUAGCUUUCUUAUGGCAGUUAAUGAGAUUUUGCAUGCUUCAACUUCUUAAAAACUUGAGAACGCAUGGUCAAGGAAAGGAAAUUACUGAUGCCGAUAUCCUUCAAUGGGCAAACAAGAAAGUGCAACUUGCAGGAAAAUCAGCACACAUGGAGAGCUUUAAGGAUAAACACCUAUCGAAUGGUAUAUUCUUCCUUGAGCUUCUUAGCGCAGUGGAAAAGAGGGUUGUAAACUGGGGUCUUGUUACCAAGGGCGAGACUGAGGAGGAUAAGAAGUUAAAUGCAACGUAUAUAAUUAGUGUUGCAAGAAAGCUUGGGUGUUCCAUCUUCUUAUUGCCUGAGGACAUUAUUGAGGUUAAUCCAAAGAUGAUUCUGAUCCUGACAGCAAGCAUCAUGUACUGGAGCCUGCUACAGAAGGCUAAGGUUGAUGAAGAAGAUAGACCACCCGAAGAAACCCCUGGUGCAACUGAGGAGGGAAGUGCGGCCAUGGCAGAAGCUUCCACUGAAGAAGGUGUUACCCAAAACGAGAAUAAAGAGGCGAACACAGAAAAUGUUGAAGGAAACAGCUGAUGAAAAACUAAGGAAUAAUUAUAACGAACAUGAUUAUAAUAUUAAUCAUUCAUGAUAAUAAGUAAAUUUUGUUAUUUGCUGCUAACUCCUCUGUUUUCUAUUACUUGGAAAGCUUUUUAGAUGUAAAAUCUACACAUGUAAUUACUCUUGUUGUUUCUAGUUGUAUUUUUAACAAUUGUGAUGUAUAUUUUCAUGAAAUAAGACCAGUUUUGGGGGGUAUC